GAGCGGCGUCCGCCUGGCCCGACUGCUGUCGGGGUCGUCUGGGCGGAGCUAGGCUCUCGCCGAGCUUGAGGCUGCUUCCUCGACCUCGAAGCUUCGUACUGUCCCGGCCAGCUCAAGCCCGCACCGAGCGUCAUGGCCCAGCCGCCGCCCGACGUCGCGGAGGACGACUGUCUUCCUGAGUACCGUCACCUUUUCUGCCCGGAUCUCCUACAGGACAAAGUGGCCUUUAUCACUGGUGGUGGAUCUGGAAUUGGCUUCCGGAUUGCUGAGAUUUUCAUGCGGCAUGGCUGCCACACGGUCAUCGCCAGUAGAAGCUUUCCAAGAGUAUCCUUGGCUGCCAAGAAGCUGGUCACUACUACUGGCCGGCGGUGCCUCCCUUUAUGUAUGGACGUCCGAGUUCCCCCAGCUGUCAUGUCUGCUGUGGACCAGGCACUGAAGGAGUUUGACAAAAUUGACAUCCUCAUUAACUGUGCAGCUGGAAACUUUCUGUGCCCUGCCAGUGCAUUGUCCUUCAAUGCCUUCAAGACUGUGGUUGACAUUGACACCAUUGGCACCUUCAAUGUGUCUCGUGUGGUCUAUGAGAAGUUCUUCCGGGACCAUGGAGGGGUGAUUGUGAACAUCACUGCCACCCUGAGUGUCCGAGGGCAGGUGCUGCAAAUUCACGCAGGCGCUGCCAAGGCAGCUGUGGAUGCUAUGACCCGACACUUGGCUGUGGAGUGGGGUCCCCAGAACAUCCGUGUCAACAGUCUGGCCCCUGGCCCCAUCAGCGGCACUGAGGGGUUACAGCGACUGGGGGGUCCUUACUUCAGUCCAAGUACAGAAGCUCUUUUGAGCCCCCUGCAGAGACUGGGAAACAAGACGGAAAUUGCCCACAGCGUGCUAUACCUGGCCAGCCCUCUGGCUUCCUACGUCUCAGGGAUUGUGUUGGUGGUUGAUGGUGGGAGCUGGAUGACCUUCCCAAAUGACAUCAAGCGACUAGUAGAUUUCAAGUCCUCCUCUUCUAAGCUCUAGGUGAGGAUCCACUGCUAUUUUUAGGAUCACCUAUUCGGAGUACUUCUCAGUGGGCAGACAGAGCCCCCUGAGGAGGAGGGUCCAAUGCCACUGGGCACUUCCAGUGAGCAGUGCUUCUGUCUUUGUUGGAGGCAGGUGUUGGAGUGACACUUUUUUAGAAACAGGGUCUUUUUAAGAGGCUGGUCUCCAUCUUCCUGUCUCAACCUCCUUGGUGCUGGGAUUACAGGUGUGCACUAGGUCAGGUGGGGUACAAUUUUUGACACAAAAACUUGCAUCCAAGAUGCACUGUUCUUCAUGGAAAUUGGCAACCCUAGCAGUCAUCUGGGGACUGGGCUGUUUCCCUGCUGUUUCUCCAUAGCCCACUUCCUAGUUACGAGUGAUCAGGCCAUGAGACCAGGUUGACACCUGCCUAUGGAGGCAUCUGAAACAGUUCUGUAGGAUUUUGCCAGGAAACGAAUUUUAUUAAAUUAUGUUUUAUGGGCUGGAGAGAUGGCUCAGCAGUUAAAUAAAGGUGCUUCCUUGCUAAGUCUUAUGGCCCCAGUUUGAUGCCCCAGUACCCACAUAAAGCCAUU